UGCAGAGCGUGCAGGCAGAUGAAACCGAUGGCUGACGUUGUGUUAAAGUAAAAGUUCACGGACGCCGGACUUUCACCGCUUAUUUCCGUCACCAGCGAGGAAAGAAAGAAAGAAAGAAAGUGCCGCGGCUUCUCUAAUAAACGUUAUUAAUGAUUGUGCGUGGGUCACCGUCUGAAUAGGAGAAAAGCAAGGGGACGCUUGUUAACCCUCGGUUUGAUGCACAUGAAUGACAACGAGCAGGCUUCACGGUACGCCGAGAGAGCAAACCGCCUUAUAAAAAUCACCAAACUUGCCGACCACGGCGUCACUUUGUUUCCUCGCGUACAGGACGCACCCUUGCGACAAAGGAUCCCCGGUCCGUGUUCUCGCUCGGUCUGCAAACGUUAUCGAUCCCUCGAUAAGCACGAAUUCAUCGUCGACGCGCUCGAGAUUCUUCGACAAAAUCUAGCUCGACAGAGAAGAAUGACGUUGAACGCGAAGUUCCUGAUAAUUAUGGCGUUAGUGGCUUACGGUGUUCUCGGACGGACCACGGACAGCAAGUAUGACCUUUUUAAGGAGACCUACAACAAGAAACACGGCGGUUCUAUGCUGAUGGAAAUCGCGAAGGAGCUUGUGCAGAGGUCGUCGAGUACCAGUCAAGUACUGAAUCUAAACCUGUCAAACCUGCUGCUUCUUUUGUUGCUGAAAGCAGUGGUAUUCGGUGCUGGUUACUUGGGGCACAAUGGCAACAAAGGGCGCGAGCUUGAAGAAGAAAGUGUUUUGUCUGAAGGGGAAAUAGCUUUGGCUCUGGGAUAUUUGAUGGGCGACACUUGUUUGUAUAGAGCGGCCUGCGAAGAUCCGCACGUUGCGAAGGAAUACCUUGGAGCAGCAGAAAUGCUCAUCGAAACUGUAAAACUAUUGCCACAAAUACCCUCCAUAGAGGGCAAGUACGAAAAAACAAUGGUGGAAUUCCGGAAGGCCAUUGAACACGGUGUAACGGACGGUUGCCCGCCUGAAUAUACUUGUAAAAAAGAUAACAUCAGAAACUUUCUGAGGGAAGAAUGAAUAUAUGACGUCAACAGUGAUAAAACAUUUCUGAGUACGAAGACGAUUACAUGAAAAAUAACUAUUUAAAUGAAUAAAUUAUUAUCCGAAAAUAACCUCCGUUGUUAGCUGUUUGAUUGAAUGAAAAAUAAUUUCCGUUUCUAUCGUACUUCAUGUUAGCGUAAAUUAUUUAAUAAAUUAUAUUCGUAGUAACCA